AUGCUCCAACCCAAUUCUGGUAGUGCGUCUUCUAUUGGCAAUUUGGAAACUUGUCAGGCACGCGCACCACAAUCAUCCGAUCAACAACAGCAACAACAAUCAUCAUCCACUUACUCAUCACAAGUAAUGUCAUUACCAAUGGAAAUUUCUCCUCCUCUAGUUUCUCAUCUCGAGUUCAAUAACACGGAUCCAGUCUAUUCCAUUCGAGAUGAUCGAAUUCCAUUGAUAUACUGUUCCGAUAAAUUUGUGUUGAAUGAUUUGGCACGAAUGAUGAAAAGUAUUUCACCACAACGACGAAUAAUCAGUGCCUGUUCUCGUAACUGUACAACCAAUAAUUAUGUCAUUACUGAUGAUUUUAAAUGCUAUUCUCAUAAUGUCAAAAAAGAUGAUUUACAUGUAUCGGAACAGCAACCUGCAACGAGUAGCAGUCCUAAUGCCAGUCCUAGGACUAAUUUGGUAAAAUCAUCAUCCAAUAUCUUUGAUGUUGCCUCCAACGUUGGAAAUGCAUUCAAUUUACGAGUCUAUCAAGCUGCUGCAGGUUACAAUCAUACAGCCUUAUUGGUCGAUCGAUUAUAUGAACAAAAUCCUAUUGACUCUGAACACAAAGUCAUUCAUUCAGCAAGUUAUCCCAGUGCAACGAAAUAUCAUUCACUCCCGAAUGGAGAAACUGUGGUCGUACCUGAACUGUGUAGUAUGGUGUGUCUGUUUUCUUCGGUUUCUAAUUUUACCGAAUCCCUCAUUGUGGGUGGCUCACAUGCUGUCAAUAUUCAUACAGGGAAAAUGAUUCAUUCCGCACACGAUGCACACAAUAUUGGUUUGAAUCGAGAUUUGAUUUGGCUUACUUCGUUGGAGCAGGCACUGGAGGAGAAUGAAUAUGUAACGUUUUUAAGCUCGGCUGCUUUUACCAUUGUUGCUGUUACCAACAGAGGACACUUACUGGGAAUUGGAUGUAAUGAUUUUGGGGAUAUUGGUCUACCGAAAAGUGUCAAACAACAACGAACCUUUAAGAGAAUACCAUCACCUUCCAAUGAAUUUUUUGUAAAAACAUGUUGUGGAGAUCACAAUAUUGCAGCUCUCACCAAAGAUGGUAAACUCUAUGUCACAGGUUGUAAUUUUUCAAAUGAACUUGGCGUCUCUGCAAGUUGUAGUUAUGGCUUGACGCAUUGCAAAAAUGUGGACACUCCAUCCGAUCCCAUUGUCGACAUUGCAUGUGAAUAUUACAAAAUUUACAUUUUAAAGAAGAGUAACACACUAUGGACCAUUCAAGACGGUAAAGUAGUCCCCAUUGCUUUUUCAAAGCGAUUCCUUUCCUCCUUUCCCCAUCCUCCCACGAUCAACAUUGAGUGUUUAAGUGCUACAGCUUCCUCCAUUCAGAUCAUUGCUCAUGUGACCUCAGGUCCUCAUUCCUACCGAUUUCUAAUGUCCAAUUCUCUCGAUAGAGAUUUAAUUAUCAAUGCCAUUUCUGACAUCUCAUCUAUAUAUCACUCCUCUAACGAAUAUGCCAACAACAGUCAUUCUCAACAAUAUCAACUUUGCUCGACUGCUUACACUGGCUUCUUCUUUUGGAAGCCAAGAUAUCAUGCCAAGUCAGAGGAGUUAUUUAAGAAGCAAUUACUUGCUCAAACAUGUUCACCAAAUUCUCGAUAUUUAUGUAACGUUGCUGUGAUGUGCAAAGAGUGGUAA